AGAGCACGCGAACAGCUGUCUGACGCGACCACCUCUUCACCCUCUCCUUCCCCUUUUAGUUUACGCGUUUUUACGGCAAAAUCUGUUAUGACAACUUAAGUUUUAGUCCGCUUUCUUCGGAUUUGACUGUAAACUGGAGCGUUUUGGGGGAUAAGGCGCGUGUUUUCCGUCCUGUUGUUGCACUAUGUUUGGAAGUUGCAUUGGUUGAGCGCUUCUGGAGGAGAGGAGCGGGAGGAGAGGAGCGUACACGCCGAGGAUGGAGCGCACAUUCCGGGGAGAGAUGAGCAUUAAGCGGUGCCUGGCUGUCGGUUUGUUGGGAGUCCUGGAGAUGCUGCUUUUAAUAAGCGUUUGUUGGUGUAAGGAGUUGGACAGUGCUCGCUUGCGGCAAGUCCCCAUGUCCCCCUCAGACUUCCUGGAUAAGCUCAUGGGUAGAACGUCUGGAUAUGAUGCUCGCAUCAGACCCAACUUUAAAGGUCCUCCCGUCAAUGUCUCCUGUAACAUCUUCAUCAACAGUUUUGGGUCCAUCGCUGAGACCACGAUGGACUACCGGGUGAACAUCUUCCUGAGGCAACAGUGGAACGACCCUCGCUUGGCUUACAGCGAGUACCCAGACGACUCCCUGGACCUGGACCCCUCCAUGUUGGACUCCAUCUGGAAACCUGAUCUGUUCUUUGCCAACGAGAAGGGGGCGCACUUCCACGAGGUCACUACAGACAAUAAACUGCUGCGGAUCUUUAAGAACGGAAAUGUGCUGUACUCCAUCAGGCUAACUCUCACAUUAUCCUGCCCCAUGGAUCUUAAAAACUUUCCUAUGGAUGUUCAGACCUGUAUCAUGCAACUGGAGAGCUUUGGGUACACAAUGAAUGACCUGAUCUUCGAGUGGCAGGAGAACGGUCCUGUGCAGGUGGCAGAAGGACUCACUUUGCCCCAAUUCAUCCUGAAAGAUGAGUCCGACCUGCGCUACUGCACUAAGCACUACAAUACAGGUAAAUUCACCUGUAUCGAGGUGCGCUUCCACCUGGAGCGUCAGAUGGGAUAUUACCUCAUCCAGAUGUACAUUCCUUCUCUUCUCAUUGUGAUCCUCUCCUGGGUCUCCUUCUGGAUCAACAUGGAUGCUGCUCCGGCUCGUGUGGCUCUUGGCAUCACCACGGUGCUCACCAUGACGACACAGAGCUCCGGGUCGCGAACUUCAUUGCCCAAGGUGUCAUAUGUGAAGGCCAUAGACAUCUGGAUGGCAGUUUGCCUCUUGUUCGUCUUCUCUGCUCUGCUUGAAUAUGCUGCAGUGAAUUUUGUAUCGAGACAACACAAAGAACUACUGCGAUUCAGACGCCAUUACAAGCCCAAGACCAAGUCCAUCCCGGGUGCUGUAGACCCAGAGGAGCUGGCUGAGUCCCUGAGGAGAGUCACCAACAAUGGGCACAGGGCCUCAGAGCCUUUGUACGGGUCUAUGGGCAAUCUGUACUCCAACCACCAACUUGUACCACCAAUACAACCACCAGUACCACUACCACAAGUACCUCAAGUACCUCAGCUUCAGCAGCUCCAGCAACUCCAGCACAGGGAGGCAGAAAUACAGGAGAGUCGGUUGGCCAUUACAUCCACUCCGAGUUCCAACAAAGACCCCAAGACCUCCAUAAACCACGCCCUGAGCUCCUCCACAAACCCAGGCCCAGAGCCAGGGCCCAACGGGGCGACUGCCACAACAGCAGCCACCACAGGAGGGCGCAGCGUAGAAGAGAUGAGGAAACUUUUCAUCGACCGAGCCAAAAAGAUAGACACAGUAUCCAGGGCGGGCUUCCCUUUAGCCUUCCUGUUCUUUAAUAUCUUUUACUGGGUUCUCUAUAAGAUCCUGAGACAUGAGGACUUCCACAUGCAGUAGAUAAAGUACUUUUAUAAUGUAAUGCAAUGGACUUGUACAGUUUAAAGUAUUUUUGUGGCUGUUCAAGACACCAUUUUCACUUUGUACAUGUUGAAGCUAUGAUAUGUUCACUUUGAUUUUGUAUUCUAGUAAUUAUAAUGCUUUAAAUUCAUCACAGGUGGAAUAAGAAAAAAUCACCCAAGUAGAAGUAACAAGUAGUGCUCAAUAGAGUUAAAAGUGCACUAUGUAACUUUCCUGCUUGCUUGACCGGUAAUGUUCCAGAGUAUUGCAUUAAACAUAUCCAUCUUAAUGCAAUUACAUAGUGCACCUUUAAUGUAAUAUGUCAAAACAUAAAAUAAUGCACAAAAACUAGCAUUUUUAAAUAAUAUUUUAAAAGUAAAGGAGCAGUGUAAGAAAUAUAAAUGUUGAAACCAUUAAUUAUUGUUAACACAAAUCCUUAGCCACUCAUAGACUUGCUCAGUUGAAAAGCUACCAAAAACUAUUACUCAAGUAAGAGUACUGUUAGUUCAAAGAAUAUUACUAGAUAGAAAAAUGCAUAACUUAUUCAAGUAUUAGUGAGCACGUGCACACUUCUUAGACAUGAGCAUAGAUUUUUAAGAAAAAUAACGAUAUGAUAUCCUGGCCACAUUUGUCCUGUGGUAGACUGAUAAGGAGUGGCUUCAAAUCUGCACAUACAACUUUUUCUUACUCUGACAGCCAAAGUGUGCAAUGUCUUGCCAAAGGACAUAACAACAGUAUGUACUACCAGUUGCCAUAACUACCAACUUUUGGCAUAGUGGGCGUACAUUUCUAGCAACUUGAUUUAUUUUAAAUUGAACUCAUUUUAAAACUACAAAACAAUCCAAUAAGUGGUUUUAAAGUGCAUCCAGCUUGUGCAAUGGUCAUAUAUUUUGAAUACACAUGGUUCUAUAUGUAUGAACUGGUUUACAUGAUUAGUGCCAACUUUGUAAAUAUGCAUUCUUCCUUGUGAGAUAAAAAUGUUCCUUUAUCUUGUACUUUUUAAUCACUGUGAAAAACAACCACCGGAGACUGGACCUUAGACCUAAGACCCAAGGAUUUAAACUGGUCCUGGGUUGGGUUUAUGUUGCAUUGCAUUGUGGGAAAUAUGUCUGAGAAACAGCUGACCUGCUUUGGGAUCAGUAGAUAACAUUGUCUCUGUACUGCACACAGCUAAACUCGUAAAAAGAUUGAUGCACAAUGGAAUGGACAAAACAUGCAAAUAUAAAACUGCACAUACACUAUUCAGAUGAUAAUAUUAAUUAUUUAUGAAUGAGAUUGUGAAUUUGCAAGUUGAGUAGUUUCAGAUGGCAUCAUUCUGUUUUUUUGUAGUGUUAAAUUUGAAAUUGGACACUUUUUUUUCUAGUUGCUAGAUAUAAAUGUGUAAUGCCAUACUGUGGAACAUUCCAGUCAAAGCAAUGACAUCUCCAUUCCAAAUGACAAUGCAGUUUUGCCUUCACUAAUGCAUUUAUCUUAUAGCGUCUUGAUGCUAUUAGCAGGGCUGCUAGUGCCCAUUUCAACAUGCUGCAUUCCAUUUUGUGUUGCCAGCAGAUGGCUUUAACAAUUAUAAUUCCCAAUGUCUACGGUAUAAUUUUGGUUAUAUGAAACAUAACAAACAGAUUAAAAGUUUACAUACACCACUCAAAGAAGCAUACCAUUACUAAUCACCUCUGAUUCACAUAAACAGACCUGUUAAACUUGUUUACAUGUUUUACUGAGGGUUGGUGCAAUUGUCUGUUUUUUGUUGACUUUUUGGUUCAUGUUUCUGUACAGUUACAUGUAGUAACAUGUAGUUGAAAAAAGGACCAUGUAUAAAUGUGUAUGUUGUUAUACAGUUGAGGUUGAAUUUAAAAAGUGUGAUUUUAAUAUUGAACAGGGCCAUCCAUAAAAUCUAUUACUUUGUCUUGAAUUGUUAAUUGCAGAAGAAGUAGCUUUUAAUUUUUAGAUAAUUCCACUAAAAUAAAAAGUCAAAAUAUAUUUAGAGAAAUUAUUUUAAAAGCAAAGGUGUCAAUACACAUGGAUCUGUGUAUGUUAUUGAUUAUUCUAUUUCUGUAUCUCAUGGUAUGAGAUACAGAUGCUAUUUCUCUCAAUUGUAAUUGUAUUGUAUUCAUAGUAAAGGUUAACGUGCAGGGCUAUUGCAAUAACAAAUACUACCACCAGAUGUCACCAAAAUACUUUCUGCACUUUCAAACAUCAGAUCAUGAGCCAGUCUUGACAAAUGUGUUUUAUUUUAUUUUUAUAUAUUUAUUUUUUAAGGUGUUGAUUCUCAAACUAAUUAUUUUAAAAGCUGUACUAAUUUAAUUUUACUUUCACUUUGUGACAGCUAAAAGUGACAAUAGAUUUAGUGAGUUAUUAUUCAAAUAUGUCUUAUUCUGUUAAAUAAAAGUCUUGCACUGG